AUGCCUCCCAAAGCUGCUAGAAGCAGGGAGGAGUUCGUCCAUCCCGACGCCUCCCAUGCGAAGAAAAAAGCCCCGCCGAGCCCGUACGGCAUUGAACCCAUCACCGCCUUCUACAUCUUCUUCGCCGCCAAUCUGAUCUCGGCCGUCCUUGCGCCGAUACAGGACUGCGACGAGACGUUCAAUUACUGGGAGCCGACGCACUAUCUCAGCCAUGGCUACGGAAUGCAGACCUGGGAGUACUCCCCGGAAUAUGCCAUCCGGAGCUGGGUCUACAUCGGACUGCACGCCAUCUUUGGCAACAUCCGACGGGUUCUCCCGCAGGCCACCAAGGUCGGCGAGUUCUACUUCAUCCGCUACGUCCUCGCCUUCUUCUGCGCCCUCUGCCAGACCAACCUGUUCAAGGUCAUCUGCACGACCCUCAACGCGCGGAUCGGCCUCAUCUUCAUCAUGGCUACCGUGACCAGCCCCGGGAACUUCCACGCCAGCACCGCCUACCUCCCCUCGAGCUUUGCCAUGUACAUGGCCAUGAUCGGCACGGCGGCCUUCAUGCACUGGCGCGGUGGCCUCAAGACCUCGCAGGGCAUGUUCUGGUUCGCAGUCGGAGGCGUCGUCGGCUGGCCCUUUGCUGCUGCCUUGUGCGCUCCCUUCCUCGUCGAGGAAGGCAUCUUCGCGCUGUUCAGCGACAAGACUCGCUUCUUUGAGGCUUGCAUUCGAGUUGCCCGGGGCGUGGUUGCCGCUGUGGUCCUCAUCGUUGUUGACGGUAGCAUCAAUACUUUCUUCUACAGAAAGAUAGAGAUCGUUCCCUGGAAUAUUGUCAAGUACAACAUCUUUUCAUCGACCGGAGGACCGAACUUGUAUGGAACCGAGCCGUGGACGUUCUACUUCAAGAACCUUCUCCUCAACUUCAACCUGUGGUUCAUCCUUGCACUCAUGUCAUUGCCGCUAUUCUUCCUCCAGAAGAUCUUCGCACCAUCCGGCCAAGGCUUCCAAUCCGGGCUCAGAAGCAUUGUCUUCAUGGCUCCUUUCUACAUGUGGCUAGGCAUUUUCACGCUGCAGCCUCACAAAGAGGAGCGAUUCAUGUACCCUGCCUACCCCUUCCUCGCCCUCAAUGCCGCCAUGGCUCUGCAUAUCCUGCUCUCGGCCCUCGGUCACUCCGAUCCCAAGUCCCUCAUCGGGAAGAUUCCGGCUCGGUUAAAGCUCUUUGCCGUGACGUGCGUCCUGUUCUUGUCCGUCGAUCUAGGCAUCGCCCGCAUAUACGGCAUCUACUCGGCCUACUCGGCCCCCCUCUCGCUGUUCAAGCCCCUGGGCACCGGCGUCUGGGGCGAGAACGGCAUCGGCGGGUCCGGCGACUUUGUGUGCUACGGCAAGGAGUGGUACCGCUUCCCCUCGUCCUACUUCUUGCCGCGCGACAUGCGGCCCAAGUUCGUCCGGUCCGAGUUCCGCGGCCUGCUGCCGGGCGAGUUCGCCGAGGCGCGCACGGGCUUCGGCUUCUGGAGCGGCACCUGGCUGCCGGCCAAGGGCAUGAACGACCGCAACGAGGAGGACAUGGGCAAGUACGUCGACCUCCGCAGCUGCGCCUUCCUCGUCGACACCCAGUACCCGGAGCGCCGCGGCGGCGGCGGCGAGCCCCUGCCGCCCAACGAGCCGGACUACGUCGCCGACGCGGAGCACUGGGACGUGGUCAAGUGCGUGCCGUUCCUCGACGCCGCGAGCACGGGCUUCCUGGCGCGGGCGCUGUGGCUGCCGGACCUCGAGGUCGUGCCGGAGAGGUUCAGGAGGAAGUGGGGGCGGCACUGUCUGCUUCAGCGGAAGGGGGACUAG